CAAUAUUUGGAGACCUGGAGGGUUUUACUCAGAAGACAAGGGUAUUUUGACUUCAGUUUCAGACCCCUCCCCUCCUAUCUCUCUCUCUCUCUCGCUCUCCCCUCAGGAAAAAAACUGGCAAAACCCUUUCUUUUUUACUCAAAAAAAAAGACAGGGUUUAUAGACUUCAGUUUCCAACCCCUCUCCUCUUUCUCUCUCUCUGAGCCCAGAAAAAACCUGGUGAAACCCUUUUUUAAAUUUUAUCUUCACAAAGAUAGAUUGUCAAAACGGCUGCUUGUGUCGGUAACCCUUGCAGAAAGCUGGGGAGAGGAGUUUUGCAGGCCAUGGCAUUAGGAGGGAUUUCCACUCAAACCAGCCACCACUGUAAACACUAUCCCCCUCUGUUCUGGUUAUCCACUUCACGUCCUGGGCCUUCUUCCAUGGGUUCUCAUUCUUCUUUCUCCCUUUGGGUUGCCUCAAGAAAAGCCCUCUACAGGGACUGCAGUUGCAGACUCCCCAUUGCCAAUGGAACAUUUUCUAGUAUUAGUGGUUUUAGUAGUUCCCUUAAGGUUAAACAAAGUUCAAGUUGUAACAUCAUGUCAUCUAGUGGGAAGUAUAGGCAUUAUCCUACGGACAGCUCUUGGAAGCUUGAAGUACUUUCAGGGGCAGGGAAUCCUUGUGCUCGGAUGGUUCCUAACCUUUCAGGUUACAUUACUUCUGACAGAGAACCCGUCUCUUGUAGCCCACAACUGACAAAGGAAGAAAAUGACAUCAUGUCAUCUAGUGGGGAGUAUAGGCAUUAUCCUAUGGACAGCUCUUGGAAGCUUGAAGUACUUUCAGGGGCAGGGAAUUCUUGCGUUCGGAUGGUUCCUAACCUUUCAGGUCACAUUACUUCUGACAGAGAACCCGACCCACAACUGAUGGAGCAAGAAAACAAACAAAUUCUAGAAGAUAAGGCAGCCAGACUGUGGAUUGAAGAAGCAGAUAGACUAGUGAAAGAAAAAUAUGAACUAAGGGACAGCAACACACCAGUUUUUGUUCAUAGCAAUUAUAAUCCUGUGGGUUUUGGAAUUCCACGUGUAGAAGCUACUGCAAACAGUGGGCAGUAUGGCCUUACAGAUAUGCAGGAUGGCAGUGACCAUUUGCUUUCUAAAGACCUUAUGGAGGCCUCUAUGGUUAGUGGCAAUAGCAGCAGAGAAGGGGCUUUAAGAAGCUCAUUGGGCCAAGGGUACAUGCAUAGUCAAGCCCAUACAUCAGGUGCAUGUAGUGUGAAGAACGAAGGAAACACAAGCUUGAUCGAGAAGGGUCCUAUUGUUCAAUCUGAAGGUAUUGAGUAUAAUGGGUCAGGAGGGCUAUCAAAGGAAAGGGAGGAAAAAACUUCCAAACCCCUUAGUGGCAGCUCCAUUGAUAAACCAGAAGGUUUUGACCAGUUCCAUGUCCGCGAGAGGCUUGUUCGUAUUUAUGAGAAGGUUCUUGUGGUUGAUAAUAUCUCCAUGGCAAGGGAGACUGUCAGGAUGCUUACAAACCAAUACAGGCAUCGUGUUUAUGCAUGUGAUACAGAGGUGGCCAAGAUUGAUGUGAAGCAGGAAACUCCUGUUGAUCAUGGAGAAAUGAUAUGCUUCAGCAUUUAUUCUGGACCAGAAGUAAAUUUUGGUAAUGGCAAAUCUUGCAUAUGGGUAGAUCUUCUUGCUGAGUGUGGCAAGACUAUUUUAGCCGAAUUUGCUCCAUUUUUUGAAGAUACCUCCAUUAAAAAGGUUUGGCACAACUAUAGCUUUGAUAACCACAUUAUAGAAAACUAUGGGUUUAAAGUUUCCGGUUUUCAUGCCGACACAAUGCAUAUGGCUCGGUUGUGGGAUUCUUCCAGACAAACGGAGGGUGGGUAUUCUCUAGAAGCGCUUUCAGGUGACCCAAGGGUGUGCCAUGAUGAGAAUUUGAUAGGUAAAGUAUCAAUGAAAACCAUUUUUGGCAGGGGAAAGGUGAAGAAAGAUGGCUCUAAUGGCAAAAUUAUAACCAUCCCUCCUGUUGAAGAGCUUCAAAGAGAAGACCGUAAAUUAUGGAUUUGUUAUUCUGCCUUAGAUUCAAUAAGCACGCUAAAUCUCUACGAGAGCUUGAAAAGAAAACUAUCGGGGAUGGAAUGGAAAGUUGAUGGAUGCAUAGAAGGAACAAUGCUUGAUUUUUAUGAGAAAUACUGGCAGCCAUUUGGUGAGCUUCUUGUGACAAUGGAAACUGAAGGGAUGCUGGUUGAUCGAGCCUAUCUUGCUGAGGUAGAGAAAGUGGCUAGAGCAGAGCAGCAGGUUGCUGCUAAUAGAUUUCGCAACUGGGCAUCAAAGUACUGCCCUGAUGCUAAGUACAUGAAUGUGGGAAGCGAUACACAGUUGCGCCUGCUCCUUUUUGGCGGAACCUUGAACAGUAAGGAUCAAAACGAGAGCCUUCCCUUGGAGAAGGAUUUUAAGGUUCCUAACAUUGAGAAAGUGAUUGAAGAAGGCAAGAAGACUCCCACAAAAUUUCGCAAUAUUAAGCUGUGCAGACUUGAAUCGAAAUUAGAACCUGAGAUGUACACUGCAAGUGGAUGGCCCUCUGUUUGUGGAGAUGCUUUGAAGACCCUUGCUGGGAAGGUUUCUGCUGAAUUUGACUUCACAGAUGAAGCACAGGUAUUGGAGACGAAGGAAGGAGUAAGUGAGGACAAAGAAUCUGCGUAUGGAACUGCUUAUGCAGCAUUUGGAGGUGGGCUGAAGGGGAAGGAGGCGUGCCAUGCCAUUGCUGCUUUGUGUGAAGUUUGCUCUAUAGACUCACUGAUAUCCAACUUCAUCCUCCCCUUGCAGGGCAGUCAUAUAUCAGGCAAGAAUGGGCGCAUUCAUGGUUCUCUUAACAUCAACACAGAAACUGGCCGCUUAUCAGCUCGGAGGCCUAGUUUGCAGAAUCAGCCUGCUUUAGAGAAAGAUCGCUACAAAAUCCGCCAGGCAUUUGUCGCUGCACCAGGAAACUCCCUUAUUGUUGCUGAUUACGGACAGCUGGAACUUAGGAUCCUUGCACAUCUUGCCAAUUGUAAGAGUAUGUUGGAUGCCUUCAAAGCUGGCGGAGACUUCCAUUCAAGGACUGCAAUGAACAUGUAUCCACACAUUUGUGAAGCUGUUGAACAAAAAAGCGUGCUUCUUGAGUGGCAUCCUCAACCUGGUGAGGAUAAGCCUCCAGUUCCUCUAUUGAAGGAUGCUUUUGCUUCUGAAAGAAGGAAAGCAAAGAUGCUCAACUUUUCCAUUGCAUAUGGGAAAACACCAGUGGGGCUUUCCCGAGAUUGGAAGGUUUCUGUGAAAGAAGCAAAAGAAACAGUUGCUCGCUGGUACAAUGAGAGAAAAGAAGUGCGGAAUUGGCAGGACGAACGUAAGAAGGAAGCAUGCAGCAAAAAAAGGUGUGUUCAUACAUUGCUAGGACGGGCCCGUUUGUUUCCUUCAGUGGACCGAGUUACCUCCUCUCAAAGAGGUCACAUUGAACGCGCCGCUAUCAACACACCUGUGCAGGGUAGUGCUGCCGAUGUUGCCAUGUGCGCGAUGUUAGAAAUAUUGAAGAAUUUGCGUUUGAAGGAGCUUGGAUGGAGGCUGCUUUUACAGGUCCACGAUGAAGUAAUCCUCGAAGGACCGACAGAGUCGGCAGAGGAAGCCAAGGCCAUAGUUGUUGAGUGCAUGUCCAAACCAUUUGAUGGAAAGAACAUCCUCAGGGUUGACCUCUCCGUCGAUGCCAAAUGUGCUCAAAACUGGUAUUCUGCCAAGUAAAAACAGUUUGCCAGAACGUAGUGAUUUGUCCCCAUCCCCAGCGGCCAAAUGCCAAGCACCCCACUGUUACUGUGCCUAUGGCUGUGCAAUGACUACAUCCAACUCAUUAUGAGGUAUUUCAACGGCAAAGUCGAUUGUUUAUAUUUCAUGCUGAGCUGGGACUUUUUGAAAGAGCUCAUUGAUCUGCCCAUCUUGAUUCGGCUGGGAACUCGUUAAGUAGCGUAGUGUUUGGUGAUUUGGUGAUCUCUAUCUGUAACUCUUCUGAAAUUGCGAUACCUUGCAAUGUUAUCUGCCGUGUAUAGAAAAUUGUUUGUAUCUUUUUUUGUAAUUUCUGUGAUGUAUGUGGAAUCGUUUUUUUCGCAAGUUGUGAAAGCUUGAUCAUUUUGGGAUUAUGGGGAUUUCAUUUCCUCUAAA